AUGGUGCCCGUUACCGCAACCCUCGCCCAAGCCGCCGAGACCAGCACAACCAAGCCGACCGUAACCGUUACCGAUAAAGUUUUCGCUAUGCAAUACUCUGUCUCUUCUCAAAAAGAAAGCCUUAGCCCCGGUGCCAUUGCUGGCAUCACUGUCGCUUGUGCCGUGGGCAUAGCAAUCCUCUUCGGUGCCAUACUCCUCAUCCGACGCUAUGUGAAACGCGCUCGGGACAUGGCCGCCCUGCGCCGAUCCGUCCGUGACAGCUUGAACUCCCCGGUUCCUCCUCCAGGAACCUCCGAGAUUCCCAUUGCGACUCCAACCGUCGCGCACGACAUGAACGCCAGCUGGUCGGCUGGAGAUGCGUCCGUUGAUACGCAUACCACCACAGACAGCUAUUACAAACCUGCCAGUAGACCGUACCGACCUCGUCGCAAUAUUCACGAGAGCAUUGCUUUGCAAGAGCCCAGCGCAUUUUCGCUUGCCAAGGAACAGCGCUUUCGCCCAAUCGCCGAACUCAACGGUCCCGAUCUGUUGAUUUACCGCAACAAAACACUUGAGGACAAAAACCCAUGGUGGAAGCAACGGCCGUGUGGGGAUCCGCGGUGGUAUGAGCCGGUCACGGUGCCGAAUGAACAUGUCGCGCCAAACGUCCAACUAGCGCCGGUCGGGUCGUCAAUAGACGAGCCUUUCCCGAGGAUCCAGAGAACGAUUCUCAAGCCCCAGACGACAAUAAUUCAUGACAAUGUACCUGUUUCAAGACCCACUCCUGGGCCGAAGAAGCAGCGCGGUUGGCCGCUACCGGAGCCAGACUCGGAGGAAGAAACGGUGGUACCCCGAAAGGGUCGGGAGGAGAAUACCGAGAAAGCUGAGGUCGGAAUGGAUAAGAAGGGUAAAAGAAAGGUUACCGUUGAGGCAAAUCCCAGAGCCAAGGGGCAUGCGAUAAUCCAACCCGACAAUUUCAUAUAA